CUCAGCUUCGACCAGACUGUCCGCCAUGUUGCCAAAGGGUUCCCUCCUGAUCGAAUAUCGUUUACUUGAACUCCUCCACAAGUAGACCAAACCAGAGAACUAAAACCACUCGGCAGCUACCACAUAUAAAGUUUUAAACACCAUGCGUAGACUCCAUGAAGAUUUCGAGUAAACCAAAGCGACAGAAAGCGAAAAUUCCUUUCUGCCGCGGGUGGCGAAGAAGAAAUGUCCCACCACCCCUUCCCAUCUAGCUUAGUGACCCCUUCAUAAUAAGGCCAGGCUACUAAUGAUGGAACAUGUGAUCGGAGAUCAAAUUUACGGCGGGCUAGCGCAUUUUGCGCGUGGUGUUUUGUGUUGAGUUAUAAAGGUGACAUUAUCAAGAUGUAGGAAGGAGGCGUUCUCGUUCAGAGUGUGUUACUUUGAAUAAAGAUGCCACCCAAGAAGAAACCGUUAGAAGAUGCAAGGAAAAGACUUCAAGAAAAGUUGAAUAAUGUCGAGGAACAGUCAGAUUAUAUUUGUCAGUUUAUCAAUGAUCUGGUCAAUAAGGCAUCUAAUCCAGCCAAGAAACUCCUCGAAGAGAAAGAUCGCAAGAAGUUUUUUCAGAAGUACUCAUCUGUGAGUCAGGAACUGGAGAAGUGUCUUGACUGUCUAUUGUUGAUAAGUGAUUCUGUCACAGCUCUUGGAGAGGAAGACACCUUAGGCUACAUGGCAUCUAAUCCAGCCAAGAAACUCCUCGAAGAGAAAGAUCGCAAGAAGUUUUUUCAGAAGUACUCAUCUGUGAGUCAGGAACUGGAAAAGUGUCUUGACUGUCUAUUGUUGAUAAGUGAUUCUGUCACAGCUCUUGGGGAGGAAGACACCUUAGGUGCUAGUGAAGGUUACAGCAGUUCAACAGCAUCUGAACACAGUGAGCAUACUGAGCAGGAUGCUGUGUCAUCCAAGAAGCCAGACAGCGUUGAGAAAGAUUCCCAGGCCUUAGGUGAUAAAAAUAGUAAAGGGCUACAAAAUGCCUCACAACUCUCAGGUGACAGUGUCAGUCCAUGUUUAGAGAAUGAUCUACAGAACAACAGUGGAACUCAAAAGAGUACUGAGGUUGGGGGCGUGGUUGAGUCGCAGUCCACAUGUUCACAGAAUUCAUGUGCUGUUAAAUCAACAGAAAAUAAUGGACGAGCCUCCAUUUUGAAACACGCAACUGAGGUAAGUACUGUUUCCAAUCCACCAACUGUUGAACAAAUACCACAAUUUCAAGCUAAACAAUCAGUUCCUGAAGAUCUUAAUAAACAAUCCCAGAAGCUAUCAUCUGCAAGUCACGAGGCAUUGAAAAGUGGAGAAGGGCUUAAUCUGAUAUCCAAGCUUAUCGAAGUUGAGCCUGCAAAACAGUUCACAGACCACACUAAAAGAGAAGAUACUUCACUGGGAAAGCCGCUAAAGGAUUCUAGAAGAAAAGGAUCUUCUUCCUCUGGGAGCCCACCAUGUGAUGUUUUUCAAGAUGGCAGAACUGAACCCACAAAACAGUGCAUUGAUCACAAGCAAACAGACUAUCCUUUAUUUGCAAAACCUCCAAAAGAUGUCAAAAGAAAAGGAUCUUCUUCAUCUGUCAGUGCUCUUUCUGAUAUUAUUCAAGAUAUCAGAACUUCUCCAAGAGAUGCUAACAUUUCUGCUGAGAACAUACCAACAAAAGUUCAGCUUCCUGAGCACCCAUUCAAGAAUGGCCAGAGACUUGAAGUUGUCGUCACUGAGGUUCUGAGUCCAUGGGAACUUUGGGUGCAGCCUGUCGGCUCUGAGCUGGAUCUACUGAUGGAGGAAAUGUGCAUGCACUACGCAAAACUAGCGGCCGCAGGUUACAAGGGAGGCUUGAUAUCAGCACCCGCAGUGGGAGACUUCUGCUGUGCUAAGUUCACCCAAGAUGACACAUGGUACAGAGCACUAGUGACAGCUGUGGAGGAAUCAGACAAAGGUUUGAUAGUAAUCCUGCAGUGUACCAUUUAGACUACAGUCAAACCUCUCCACAACGGCCACCUUGAGGACGGGGGAAAAUGGCUGUUGUAGAGAUGUGGCCGUUAUGGGGAGGUAAGGGUGUAAUAUGACACCUGUUUU